UUAAUAGCCUUGAACUUUGUUGUUGUUGCUUUUAUUGACAACUACUGGCGUGUGUAUCUUUGAAUAUUUUAUCAAAUCCAGAAAUAAAUGUUUCCUUAAAAUGAAAUAAACGGCCAUUAAAGCUAAAUCUUGUUUGUGAUUUUCGUGUGAUUCUCAUUGGAAAAUUUUGCGUUGUCUUCUAUCAUCACUCGCUCCAAUUCGAUUGUGUGAUUAAAAGAGUUGUAUGUGAGAGAGGGGUCAAGCAAGAGAGUAAAAACGAGCAGAGUAAAUGCAAAGAGACAUCAGUGAAGAAAUCUAGAUAUCUUGGUUUGUAAUAAAGAAAAUUUGUGAUUCUAAAUUGCUUGUCAGCCUUUUUUGAAAGUGUGCUAUAGAGUGUUGUUGUUUUCUUGAAAUCUACACCAUUUUUUGGUAGAAAUCUUCGAUUAUUCUAAACGCUACCAGUCCAACAGUAAGCUUUAAUUAUGGAUUCCGAUGAAGAUUCAUAUGAAAUGGAUUCCGGCAAUGUAUCAUCGGGGGAUGAUGGCGGUUUUGAGGUGGAUAUGGAUGAAGUACAACCGGAACCUAAAGCUGAUUCGGACGAAUACCAUUAUGAUGUUUUGACCACUGAGGAAAUUGUACAACAUCAAAGGGAGAUAAUCGACGAAGUGAAAACAGUGAUAAGGCUUCAAUCAACAGUGACACGAAUAUUAUUAAAUCACUUUAAAUGGGACAAGGAGAAACUUUUGGAGAAAUACUUCGAUGGCAAUACCGAUGAGUUUUUCCGUGGUGCUCAUGUUAUAAAUCCUUUCAGUAAACCUGCCAAUGCAAAUAAACAGAAGAAUGCAAAAACUAACACAGCUGAAGAGUGUGAAAUUUGUUUUUCACAAUUACCCUCAGAUUCCAUGGCUGGCUUGGAAUGUGGUCAUCGUUUUUGUUUAACUUGUUGGCGCGAAUAUCUUACAACGAAAAUCAUUACCGAAGGUCUCGGCCAAUCAAUCUCAUGUGCCGCUCACGGCUGUGAUAUUCUGGUGGACGAUGUUACCGUUAUGAAACUUGUGACCGAUAACCGUGUUCGCAUUAAAUACCAACAACUGAUCACCAACAGCUUUGUGGAGUGCAAUCAAUUGUUACGCUGGUGUCCGUCCAUUGAUUGCACCUAUGCAAUUAAAGUAUCCUAUGUGGAUUCAAAGCCGGUGCGCUGCAAGUGCGGCCACAAUUUCUGUUUUGUUUGUGGCGAAAACUGGCAUGAUCCCGUCAAGUGUCGCUGGUUAAAAAAAUGGAUCAAGAAAUGUGAUGACGAUUCGGAGACCAGCAAUUGGAUAGCAGCCAACACUAAAGAGUGUCCCAAGUGUAAUGUAACCAUCGAAAAGGAUGGCGGCUGCAAUCACAUGGUUUGCAAGAACCAAAACUGUAAACAUGACUUCUGUUGGGUAUGCCUAGGCUCAUGGGAACCACACGGUUCGUCAUGGUACAACUGUAAUCGUUAUGAUGAAGAUGAAGCCAAAGCUGCACGUGAUGCUCAAGAAAAGUUUAGAUCAUCAUUAGCAAGAUAUUUACAUUAUUACAAUCGUUAUAUGAAUCAUAUGCAAUCUUUGAAGUUUGAAAAUAAAUUAUAUGCCUCGGUUAAACAUAAAAUGGAAGAAAUGCAGCAACACAAUAUGUCAUGGAUUGAAGUGCAAUUUUUGAAAAAGGCCGUUGAUAUAUUAUGCCAAUGCCGCCAAACUCUCAUGUAUACGUAUGUAUUUGCGUAUUAUUUAAAAAAGAACAAUCAAUCAAUGAUAUUCGAAGAUAAUCAAAAAGAUUUAGAAUCUGCCACAGAGACAUUAUCUGAAUAUUUGGAACGUGAUAUAACAUCAGAAAACUUAGCUGAUAUCAAACAAAAAGUUCAAGAUAAAUAUAGAUAUUGUGAGAAGAGGUGUACAGUACUUUUAGCUCAUGUGCAUGAGGGCUACGAAAAGGAUUGGUGGGAAUAUUUAGAAUGACGAGAUAUUUCAGAACCGUUGUUAGGGCGCUAUGGUGGUAAUAAAUUAAAAGGAAAUUCAUUAUAAUUAAAUGAUAAGAGAAAGAAAAGAAAAGUAACAAAAACAACAUAUAAACCAUAAAAAAAGAAAAUGUAACAAACCAACCAGCAAAACAAGUAACAACAACAACAAAAAAAUACAAAUUAAAAAAAAAUAAACAAACCCCCCAUUUUACUAUAAAAAGUUAAGCAAACAAAGAAAAUUUAAUAGUUAUAACAACAAUAACAAAAAAUAAACACCAACAACAAAUUAAUAUAAAAAAGCAAAAACAAAACAAUAACAAUAUGGUUUUUGGUCCUUGAAAACAUUAAGAGAAAUGGAAAAGAAAUCACUUGGUUCUACACACACACAAACCUACGCAGCCCCAAACAAACGGUAAAAGGCAAUGAAAAGAAAAUACAAUAGCAAAAACACAAACUCACACAAACAAAGAAAAACAAAGCCCAUGACAAAGUGACUCAUUGAAAUUAAUUUCGAAAUUAAACAAAAAUAUGUUAAAAAAUGAUUAUAAUUCUUUAAAACACACUGGGAGAAAUAAUUUAUGAGCAAAACCAACAAUCUCUAUGUUAUCUCUCUUACGGCCAUAAUUCCUCAUAAGCAAAUGCUUAGCAUUGUUAAAAUUAACUACAAACAUUCGGCAUAAAAGCAUAGACCAUUAUUUAAAGUUGGAUUUAGAUUUGUGAAAAUUGAAAGUUUUUGUUAAAAUUUGUAGCCCUCACCGCCAAGUGAUUGAUUUUGUUGGGAAGUAAAGCUAAAAUAAGAGAACAAAUAGUGAAAAUAAUCUAUAUAUACAUAGAAAGGACUUACCACCCUUAAAAAUUUAAAAGCAUAGUAAUUUAGGCUUAAAAAUCUGUUAGUUUUGUUUUAAUUAGAAUCUAAAUAUUUUUAUUUUUCAGCUAAAUCUGAGACACAUAUAAUUCCCACACACACACACACAAACCCACUCACACUGACACACUUGGUAUUAUGUUUAAUUUAAAUGCUAUAAAAUCAAGCUUUAUGGUAAAAAACCCCACCUCCACCUUCGAUUUCUUCACAAGUUCAUUUAAUUUCUCUGUUGUUGUUUUUAUUUCCUUGCACACAGGACAUUUUAAGAUCCCCUCUCACUUUUAAUCCCCCAAACUUAUAUUUUUUAAAUGUUCCACUUACUCUUAAUAUUCCUUAAGCGUUUUUAAAUUCCUUACUUUAUUAUAUUUUUUUUUUUAAUUCUUUCCUAUGUGCGCUGUUUUACCACCGUUUUUUUUCAUAUGCAAUAAUUUUUCUCAUUUUCUAUUUUGUUUGAGACCAAAUCUUCUGCGCCUUGUUUAAAACAAUUUUUCUUCGUUGCUCUAAACAAAUGAUUAAAUGUAAAUAGUUCUCUCUAUAUCUUAUUGAAGAAACUUAAAUACAAAAAGAACACAAAGCAAAUAAAUUGUAUAAAAAUUAAAAAAAAAAAUAAAAAUAAAUGUCUUUUAAAAAUGUUUCGUCUUGCAAAGGGUGUUGACAAGCAUUAUGCUUACAUCACCAAUUGUUCAACAUGGUAUUUUUUUAGAAAAAUUUUGCCCAAAUUUAGGUGAGAAAAUUUCUUAAUGUGCAGAAAUAAAAUUUUUUGAAACUUU